AUGUACAAAGGGACAUCCGCAGAGAAUUUCUUCGAAACCGAUGCCGAGCAAGCCAAAAGGACUAGGCGUGCAGCAAAAUCUUCCAACAAGUAUGGCGACCCUAUUGUCCUCAAGUCCAAGCUGCUAGCUGCCAUACCAGAUCCUACGAGUCCAACAUCUCUUCUCGUAGCAGAAUCUGCUGGUGCUGUUCGCAGAGUGAAUCUCCAUACACGGGAUACUAAGCAAGUAUUCCGAGGUCCAUUGACACCAGUCACCUGUGUUGCCGUCGGUGGGCCUGGGGGUCAAACAGUCUUUGCCGGCUCAUGGGAUAAAGACGUUUGGUCCUGGGAUCUAGCAUCCAAGGCCCUAGCUCGCAAAUACAGUGGCCAUUCCGAUUUUGUAAAGGCUGUUGUAUGCACCAAUAUUGGUGGGAAAGAGUGCUUAAUUAGUGGUGGUGCCGACAAGAAGAUUAUGGUGUGGGAUGUUGAGACCGGAUUCCGACUCCACGUAUUGCAAGACCAGUCCAAGACCAUGAUGGCCAUUCAACACCUCGUUAUUGACCCAGUCUCAUCGGGGCCUGACGCGGCCAUACUCGUCAGUGCAAGUAGCGAUCCUCACCUUCGCCGAUGGCGUAUACGGCUCGAUGGCUUUGAGCAACUCAAAGAAGAGUCACCGGAUGAGCCUGGUGCGGUACGUGACACAAUCUUAGAACACGACACUACGAUCUACAGGAUGGUAUUUGACCACGAAGUUGAAGAGGUUGACCUGUGGACAUCAAGUGGCGAUGGCACGGCCAAGUGUCUGUCACGACUCAAGGGAUUUACCGCUAAUGAUUCCAUCCAACACGGUGACCAUGUACGAGCUGUCGUUGUCACGGAUCAAUGGGUAAUAACUGGUGGUAGAGAUGAAGAUGUCAAGGUUUGGGAUCGAGCAUCAGGAAAAUUAUACUGCAUUCUGGAGGGCCAUUACGAUGAGGUCAUCGAUUUAGUACUUUUGGAUGGGGGCAAACGAGUUGUGUCUGUUUCUCUUGAUGGAACUGUGCGAACAUGGCCUCUUGAUCGGGUUGGGCUCGACAAGAUCAUUAAAGAGAGGGAAGAUAUAGCUAAGGGAGUUGAAAAGGAAGUCCCAAUUGAGCCAGCGAAGGGACUCAUGUCAGCGGAGGAGGAAGCCGAGCUUGCUGCGCUGAUGGAAGAUGAUGAUUAAUUAUAGUCUUAUUCAGAAGAAAUGGGGAAAAAAAGGGGCCGGUUUUUAGAAGUAUUCGACUAAACUCGAAUCUAUCGGCUGAAGGAGAUGAGAGGCUUGUUUCACCCCCGAAAAGAAAGUCUACACGUGCCUAGCACGAUCACACGAUAGUUCACCGGUGUCUCCUGAAACCUUAAUUUCGUGGCACCGGUUCGAGUUUGUCUCUGUUGAAGAUGCAUACCUAGGUAUCUACCUUGGUAGGUAGGCAUAUGGGAUCGAGGGUGUGACAAAGGAGAAGGCCCCUAUUAUUCGGUCUAUUCGGUCUAUUCGGCCUCCUUGGUCUAUUAUCGACUCCAGAGUCCAGAUUAUAGACAGAAAAUCUGAUUCCAUGAGACUUUGGGGGCGUAGAUCACGAUUUCUAAUAUUCGACCUAGUGAUAUGCCAUUUUGCUUCACCGAGCACUCUUAAAUUAGGACACGCCACAAUGAUCGUUCUAUAGAGUUCAGAGGCGCAGUUAGAUAUUACGUGCGAAUCAUUUAUUAACCUAUGGGGCUAUCAAAACGUACUACUAGUAUUCGC